AUGAAGACAGUAGCUCUGUACAGGGAUGUAUCUAUUGGUCUUCAUCUGACAAAGAAUUUUUUAUUACGUUUAAGAAAAUAUCCACUUUCUAAAAAACAGAAUAUCCAACUAUGUCCAGCCCAUUUUGAUGGAAUUCCAGAACAAGUUCCAAUCAUUGCAAUCCCAGUAAGAUGGAAGAAAAGGGGUUGCAUGUCAUGUAGACUGUUCACAUUACAUGUAUGUAUUGCGAUUUCCUCAUGUCCCCUGCCUCUCUUGGUUCGUGAUUUCCUGAUGUCCCUGUCACUUUCCCAGAGAACUUUCCUUGAAGGUAAAAAGCUGUGCAAAAGGCAUGAGUCUCAGGCCUAUACUUUGUUUAAAUGA